UUGAGGCUGAAGCCGCGAUCGUUCACGCCCUGCCCCCCCCAAAAAAGCCUUGUGUCAAUGGGAGGAGAGAGCGUGGGAGAGAUCGCGGCGCGUCAGAAUCGCACCCUGGUUAAGCAGAGGGAGACGCACCGAGUCUAACCAAACGCUGAGAGCCCCCUGCAAAGCCGAAAGGGGCCUAUGAACCAGGAGCCGAUUUAAAACAAAGUGCAGGAGGACGAGGAGAAGGAUUUGCUUGUUUUAUUAUUUAGGGGCAAGAGCGUACGCCCUCUUUGGUAUUUCGGAUCAAUUUCCGAGGGGCUCCCCACCCGUUGUAAUUUCAGAUCAAUUUCGGCUGCAGUUUAAUUUGGGGGAAGCUUUACUGAUUUUCAACACACACACACAAACACAAGAGCCCAGCCCUGCAAAGGGAAGAGAAAGUGGCGACUGUCAACCAUGAGAGAAUAUAAAGUGGUCGUUUUAGGCAGCGGGGGUGUUGGAAAAUCUGCCCUAACCGUGCAAUUCGUCACAGGAUCUUUCAUUGAGAAGUACGACCCGACCAUUGAGGAUUUUUACAGGAAGGAGAUCGAGGUGGACUCGUCGCCCUCGGUGUUGGAGAUAUUGGACACGGCCGGCACCGAGCAGUUCGCCUCCAUGCGGGACCUGUACAUCAAGAACGGGCAGGGCUUCAUCCUGGUUUAUAGCCUGGUCAACCAGCAGUCCUUCCAGGACAUAAGACCCAUGAGGGACCAGAUCAUCCGAGUGAAGAGAUACGAGAGAGUGCCCUUGCUGCUGGUGGGCAAUAAGGUGGACUUGGAAGGGGAGCGAGAGGUGACUUACGGAGAGGGGAGAGCUUUGGCCGAUGAAUGGAACUGCCCGUUUAUGGAAACCUCGGCCAAGAAUAAAAUCUCAGUGGACGAACUGUUUGCAGAGAUCGUUCGGCAGAUGAACUAUGUAGCCCAGCCUAAUGGAGAUGACCAAUGUUGUUCCUCGUGUGUGCUGCUGUGAUAGAUUUCUAUAUAAAUAUAUAUUAUACAUUAUAAAACGAAGGCACAGAAUUUCUAUGCAAAGUUGGAGAUGUGGAUAUGUGGAAGUCCAUAAACAAUGUGGCGUCCAGCUAACUUAUGGAGACUGUAUAACAGAGGCCACCAAUUAUUGGACUGCCUCCAUCGUGACAACAGUUCUGAUGGUGGGGUUAGGGGAAGCAGGAAGUACUUUUUUUUCUCUGUUGAACUGCUGUAAUGUCUAUUUUUCUGUUGCCUCCUCUUGCCCCUCCUCUCUCCAUGUCCCCACCCCAGUAAAAAGAAGCGGUGGAGGGGUUGAGGGGGAAGAAAGGCAGAGCAAGUAUAUUUAAAAGUGUGUGUUUGGGGAGGGGAAAGCGACAAUGGUAUUUUUUUCAACUGUGAGCUGUGAAUGCAACACAACAACCAUAGACUUGUACAAACAAGGGGCAAGGGAUGGGGGUUUUAUUUUUUUUGG